AUGAAGGAGAAGGUGUACUGCGUGAUACCAGAAGGCGUCGAGAUGGAUGGCGACCUCGACUGUCUCGAGUUGGUGAAGGCGAUCUACGGUCUCAAGCAAGCUUCACGUGUGUGGAACGAGACUUUCGACGAGUUCGUAUGCUCUAUCGGUUUCGAAGCGUCGGCGUUCGACCCAUGUCUCUACAUCAAGGUUGUCGACGGUCACUGUGUGCUCGUGCUGGUCUACGUGGAUGACGUGUUGGUCACCGGCAGCUCGCUCGAGUUGAUUGCGCAGACGAAGGCCGACCUCAAGACGCGUUUCGAGAUGACCGACAGUGGCAAGUGUACUUUUGUACUGGGCAUCGAACUGGUGGACGAAUCGGAUGGCAGCGUGACGAUGUGCCAGCGACGGUAUGUCAACGACAUCCUCAAGCGCUUCGGCAUGGAUGAGUGCAAGGCCACAGCAAGUCCGGUCGACUUGAGCACUCGGCUUGUCGCAAGCACCGAAGCGGCCAAGAUCGACGUUCCGUUUCGUGAAGCUGUGGGAGCUUUGAUGCACUUGACGACUGCGACGCGCCCGGACAUUGCGUAUGCUGUGGGGUACGUCUCGCGCUUCAUGAAGAAUCCGCAGCAAGAACAUUGGACGGCGGUGAAGCGCAUCUUUCGUUACUUACAAGGGACCAAGUCGCACGGACUCCGCUUCCAGCCAAGCGACAAGAUCGACUUUCGUGGCUACUCGGACGCGGACUGGGCCGGCGACCACGCUGAUCGCAAGUCGACUUCGGGUUACACUUUCAUGCUGAUGGGUGCUCCUGUGAGUUGGGGAAGCAAGAAGCAGUCAAGUGUGUCGCUGUCGACGAGUAUAGCGGAAUACAUCGCACUGAGUCUGGCCAUCCAGGAAGGCAAGUGGGUGCAUCGCCUGCUAUGCGAGAUUUUGGCGGCCGCAAACGAACCAGGACCGGACCUCGUCAUCCGUGAAGACAACCAGUCGUGCAUCAAGAUGACGAAGAAUCCAGUGAAUCAUGGCCGUGCCAAGCACAUUGAUAUCAAGUACCAUCACAUCCGUGAUGAGGUCAAGCGCGGUGAAGUGCAGCUCGAGUAUUGCGAGACUUCCGUGAUGUUAGCGGACAUCAUGACGAAGGGACUUCAUGGACCACGCCACAAGGAGAUGACGACGGCUCUCGAGAUUCGUGAGCCUUUGGAUUGA